AUGGCCAGAAACGGUGGCGGUGGUGGGUUUGACUUCAGGUGAGUCUACUGAGUCAGCUCUUGUUCUGAAGCAUACAUGCCUGUUCGUCGAAAGAGCAGUUGCGUGCAAGCUAACAAGCAGCAUCGUACCAGGAGAACAUGGUCGCUCUAGCGCGCGCAGCCCAGUCGCCGAUUGCUGCUUCGCAUUCGACUAACCUUGACAAUCGCCAUCUUUUUCGCUCAGUCUGCUAGCCAGCAAUCUCAUUCUAGGCGGCUCGAUUGGCAUUGCAGCCAUCGGUUGGUUCGUAGCAUUCAUCGGUCAGAUCGUGGCACAAGCAAGAACGAACGACAAUGUGCCUCGCUCCUCAGGCCAACUGGGAGUCUUGUGGUUCGGCAUAUUUGUGGAGCUGUUCCUCUUGAUCGGCGUUAUCCUCACCAUUGCUACGGAUACGAUUGCCAUUUCCAGGCUGCAGAUCAGCGCAUGGACCGCAGUUGGAUUAGUGUUUUCCGUCAUUGGCAUCGACAAGGGCAUCUACAGCGAUGUCGGCUCGCUCGAGGCCAUGGCAGCAGGCUACUUCAUCCUGACAGUAGUCAACGUGAUCUGGCUACUCUUUUUCACGUCUGAAGAAGACUCUGCAGUCUAUGCCGCACUCUCCUCGGUGGGAUCUGGCGGCCUGUCCGGACCCGGUGCUAGGGGCGGAGCUGUCGGCGGAGGCAGACAAAUGCGCAUGGCUGGAGGAUCCGGCGCAGUAGGAAUGGGAAGCGGAAGCGGAGGGUUCGCCUCAGGUGGGGGCGCGUACCAACAAGCAUACGUCAACAGCCCAUCGACUGCGGAUGUCACCUCGACUGGUAGAGGUCUGGGUACAAGUGCGGGCGUCAGCGGAGCUGGAGCUCCCAGCUCGCAGAGCGUCCGAAGCGGAUCGGUCGCAAACAGAGGCGCUGGAGCCAACGCUGCUAGUGGACCUGGAAGCGAGUAUGCCGGUAGCCAGGCUCACGCACCGGGCAGCCCGACUGGCUCUAAGAGUGCAGACGCAGACCCCAACUCUGGCUAUGGCUACCGGGCAAGAGCAUUGUACGCCUGUGAGUCACACGUUGCGGAAGAGCGGCUCAUGAUCAUCACGAGCAAUAGGCCAGGAAUGGCGGCGCCAGCUCAGAUCUGUCCUGCUUGCGCUAUGCUGACUCCAUGUCGCUUUUGUGAUACAGACCAAGCGAACGCGGAUGACCCCACCGAAAUCUCAUUCGCAAAGGGCGAGCUGCUGGACAUUGUCGACAACUCGGGCAAGUGGUGGCAAGCGCGGAAGUCCACAGGCGAGACUGGUAUCGUGCCGAGCAACGUGAGCAGACCGAGAUUGUGUGGCUUUGAUAUGGCGGCGAAGAGCGACGUUUCUGACUCUCAUCUGCUCUUCAUCAACCCGAAGUACAUGCAAUUGCUCUGA